AUUAAAAUAUUUAUGGGAUUGUGCUCAUCUAUGCAUCAUCAAACUGAUUUAUCAGCAUCUCUGCGAUUGAAAGCUCUUCAAAUAUUCUAAAAAAUUGAUAAAGAAAAUAAAGGAGUAAUUGAUAAGAAAACAACACAAUAAUUUUGGUAUUUGUAUUCAUUAUUCUGAUAGGCAAUCUAAUUUCGCUAAAAUUAAUACAGAAGCUUUAUUUAAAGCAGUAGAUUUUGAUAAUUCAGGUGACAUUACCAUUUAAGAGUGGCUGACAUUUUGGAAAAUUGUAAAGAAAACUGGUUAUACUGAGUAGGAAAUUAAUGAAGAAGUAAAUCCUUUAUUUAUUUAAAGCUGGAUGAAUUAAUGUAAGGAAAAGCGUGGGUUUAAUUUAGAGUUGUAGAUUAAUUUAUAUAGGUUGAUAAAAAUCGAAGAAGAUCAUAGAUUCCUUAAAUAGUUAUGCAGGAAUAAAUGAUGACUUUGAGAAAAACAAAAACAGCUGAAAUCAAAUGA